GCCUCAUGGGCAGUUUGCGCGGUUCAGUCGACGCGGGCGCACGUCGCGUCCUCACUCCGAACAGACACCGUCGCGUAAAGCUGUGACUAUCGUGCCGUUACUAUAGUGUUUCAUAACCGUUCUGUGCUUGUUUACUUCUUAAUUUAAACUCAUUUGGACGCGCCGUGCAACCAACGACUCUGCAGAGAGAUUUCGAUCGCACUUUACCAAUGCCGCCUACAACGAAGGCGCAUACGGGGAACGAAUAUUAAACGAGUAACUAGACGACAAUGUGACAGGCUGACACGCCGAUUGUCCGCCAUCUUGACCGAUCAUAGACAACCGAGAACAAAGAUGGCGCUACUGUGGUACAUAUUGGCAUGCGCGUUGACAGCUGCGCGAGCGCAGUCCAACUAUGGCUCACAGGCGAACAACAUCGAGUACCAAGGGGAAGGUCUCCCGGAGCAGACCGUCCUGGAUGGAAAAGUCACAAAACUGGAUGACCUGAGUCCGGUGAUAUUUCUCAACCGAACGAAGGCGGCGCUCAACUGCGCUGCUGGUUCUAUGCAGGUGGAAAUGAAAUUCAACGAGAAAUUCUACGGGAUCGCGUACGCAGAUUUCGACAGGCACUCCGCGUGCCAAGUGGUGGGGAAAGGCGCCACGUCGUACAAACUGGAGCUGCCUCUGAAGGGAUGCGGAACGAAACAGGAUCCUCUCCGUGUGUUUACCAACAACAUAGUGGUGAGAUUCCACCCUGGAUUAGAGAUGGAUGGAGAUGAAGUCAUCACUAUAGUAUGUCGGUAUCCGCCACCGAUCGUGCCCCAGCCUGUAUUCAACCCGUUUAUAGCCCAAAAACCUGAAAGCCCAUUACCUAUUCCGUCGCCGCUGGCUGGGACUCACAUACUGUUGAUCAUCUGUGCGAUAUUGUUCCUAACACUACUGCUUCUGGGUCUUGGAGUGUCGUACCUGUGUCUAAGGAGACGAGCUCUGCCGCCACCAAGAAGACUGAUUGAUGAUUCUUCUGCGUCUAUCAUUAGCAGAGAAAGCAUUCAAGAGGUGAAAAUACCACGAGCCCACCCAGUGUAUCCCUUAGCAGCAGAGAGCGCCAGUGUCGCAUCUGACACCAUCCCAUCAGAUUACCCAUCGGAGACUCCAAGCGAAGCCGAACAUGUGGCUCAUGCUAACCAGGCGUUUAUGAUGGAGGAGUCUUAUCAUAGUGAAGGUUACGGCGAAGCGCACGAAACGAGCGCGUCUAAUGGCCGAAUGGUCGCAGGGAUGCCGCCGCCAGCCUUCGACGUCAGGGUCCGGGUACAAAGACCUCCAGUGCCACCUUCACCGCCAUCUUCUAUUACCGCCACGGAGACUGAUGCGGGAAGCAUGAGACAAACGAUGAUAACAGAAGAACACGAGCGUCAAGAAUCAGUUCGUACUGUGUCUCCAAUGGCGUUGCCAUUGCCAGUACGAGCGGCCCAACUUCAGCCGCCCGAGAGACCUCCGAGACCGCCAGUCAAACAGGAGUGGUCCCGUCGGCCGCGGUCCAUCGUCUCCCUGAACACGGAAAUGACUGACACGCACUCGGUAACGGAAGUCACUGACGGAUCGCAUGCCAGAAUGUUCCAUAUUAAGAAACCUCCUCCUCCCCCUCCCGUGAUGCGCGAGCGUAUGGAAAUGGAGGAACAAGAAAUGCUGAUGGAAAGCUUGGAGCCUAUACCAGAGACGCCUAUUAUGCCUGCCAGGAAACCAGAAAUAACCUCCCACGUGGUCGACGACGUGUUCCUCCGGACGAUCACCGAGAAGAAGACGAUAGAAGACAUCGAGAGGCACAAGCGUCUAGUCACCGAGUACAAGCAAGUCCCGCCCCCACCACCACAGUUCGACGUCACGAUUCGCAACCACACGCUUCCCGAAGCGCAGUGGGAGAAUUUCUCGGACAUCAGCAGUGCUUCGGGAAUGACGCUGACUCCGAAGAUGGAGAGAGUCCCGUUGUCGCUGCCGCCUCAGAAGUAUAUUGGUAAAGGCGGACCCGACCUUUUCUCUCCCGAGCUGAUCAAACAAACUGGUCACGUGUACCAUCCCCCGACUUCCCCCGCGGACCUGCCAUUACUCCCCGAGCUGCCUCCGGCCCGCAACCCACUGUACAGGGAAGAAGACGAUGAAGAUGUCCCAGAACCCACACCGGCUCCACCAGUGCCGCCGAAUUGGAGCGUUUUAACUAGGGUUCUGAAGACUGAAGCUCAAGAUGAGGUGCUUCUAGAAACGGAACGUUCCAUGCGUUUGACUCGCGAGGAGCGUCUCCGCUGGCGAGAACUCAUUACCCACGAGAGCACCCUCCGCCGGGAACUCGCCCGGUCGAGCACUAGGGACGAGUUCACUCGCGUCGCCCACGACCAACGAUUCGCGCCGCUGUACGCACCUCACAAGUGGGAGGUUAUCAUAAGAAUAUUGGCACCGCCGCCGGAUAGGCCCAAGAACCGCUACAGAAAGAAGAGCGAAUGGGAUUCGCGUUCUCGCCGCAGUUCCUUGCCCACACUUUACGAAUACGACAGCGAUGCCACAUCACUGAGGGAUCCUCAACGUUCGCGCAGGUCUUCAUACCGGAGCGACCAUGUCGAUAUGAGAUCGAUGUCAGAGAUGAUGGUGGACUACGCUCGCGAACAAGCGGACACGCACUCCGAGGUGUCAGCCGGAACUCAACUCGGACGAUAUUACGACGAUGACAGCGACUCCGAACAUCCGUUCCAUCAGCACCAACCCUGGUCCCGUCACUCGCUGCAUCGUUCUGUCAGUCAGCCUUCGCUGGCUCGUUCUGCCACCGAAGUGGUGGAACAGUGGACAGCUCCUGAUGGUGACGUCACUCCAACACCAGGCCGACGAGUCAGAGGUCCUCAAGGCUUGACGACAUUCACUUCGUCCGAAGUAAGAACUUUCCAAGCGACGAAGGAGUGGCGCGAAUAAGAUCGUUUAUAAACAAUAUAUAAUAACAAGCAGUGUUCAGAAUUUCUGUCUGAAUCUGUGUGUGAUCAUAAAAUGACCGUGAUCAAAUAAUAUAAAUAAUAUAAAUGUCACAUAGAAACAUAAAUGUGAGGUUACAAAAUGACAAUAAAUAUUUCUUGAUUUAAAAGCGAUCUACAGAUUUAUAUCUUGCUUUUACGAUCAUAAAAUACCGUGAUGAAGACAUAAUAAAAAAAUCGCAAUAAUAAGACGGAUAAAAAUAAUCGGAUUAAAUAUAUUAUUCCGAGACAUUGAUUUUAAAACGCUUGUUAAUGCAAUUGGGAUAUAUUUUUUUAAUACAUGUCAAAUAUAGCUCAAAAUAAGAUUAUGUGAUAAUUUCACUGCCUUUAAAAUAUGACAUAAUAAUAUGUUCUUUAUGAAUGAAUGAAUGUUGGUUAUAAAUUUUUCAAAAAGUAGAUAUUUUCAGAUAUUAAUUUCUAGUACAAAUCGCCUAUUCAAUGCAAAUUGUCAUAAAUUAUAAAUUGAUAUUAUUCUAUUCCUUCCACAACCAAGCACUAAGUCCUUCUUAUUAAUUUCAGAUUUAAUGCAAUUAUUAAUAAUAUGUUUACCCCUAAAUAAAGUAAUAUAAAUAUAAUUAAGACAAGAAAAUAAGAUGAACUAACAUUGUGCCAAAAUAAAAUGAAAGCUUGACUAACUAAGUAAUAGAUUAUUAUAAUAGUAUAAAAAAUAACAAUGAUUAUAUAAAUACUACGAUUAAGUUUAUUUUUAAUGAUAUAACCAUUUUUUUCACGGCAAAUAUUAAACUUAUGUUGGAACAAUGAAUUUGUGUGAAAAAAAUUUGAAUAUUCCAUUUUUAUAAUUUUAAAAGGACAACUUAUUUAAAAGUGUUCCAACUAUUAAUAUAACUAAUUUUUCAGUCAUUAUAAAUGCUUUGAGUUAAAUAUAAGAAUACUGUAAAAUAAGCUAGACAUUGUUUUGAUAUCUCAAUAUUUUUUAGUUUCUUUUUUUUUAAUAAUAACAUAAAGAAUAAUAUAGACUUAGUAAAAAUAAAUUUAACAAUUUGUAAAUACUAAUAAUAAUUUUUAAAAUGAAUGUGUACCUAGCAGCUGAGGCAAAACAACUUAUUAAACAUUUUUCAAUAUAUUUUUGCCUUAAUUGCUAUGUCAGAAGGGUAUAAGGGCGAGGGCAAGGUGCAAGUAUGCUCAACUAACGUAAGUUAAAUGUCAUUUUUCUUUUUCGAGACAAUAAUAUUUAUCAAUAAACUUUUUUGAGAUAUUAGAAAUGUUACGAAUUUAUUAAUAAUAUAUUAAUUGAUUCGCAAAGAUAACACACUAAUUAAACAAACAAAUAACAGUUAUUUUAAUAUUUAGAUGCUUAUAAUGGUAUAUUUAGAAGUGAUUUAGUGUGAGUGAGCUGUAUUUUUUGGGUGUUUUAUUUUGAUAAUUGUAAUUUUGUUGUCUUGAAUCAGAAAACGUUUUAAGAAGAAAAUAAGAUAAUAUUCGAUAUUGUGGUGCUACAUGAAAUAAUAUAAGCUGACGAUUCCAGUUUUUUUUUUACUAAAUGUAGAUUUGUAUUUACUAUUGAUGAUAUUCAGUCAAUAAAUGUACCUUAACAUCUUUA